AUGUCCAGGCGCUUCAUUUGUUUCAACGGCCUAUGAUCCCCCGAGAAGACUGAAAUUCAUAUCCUAGCCAGAGAGAGGUAUGAGUGGCCCAACUCAACCAUGGCUCGCGCACUAUGGGAAGCUUCACUUCUCUGUGCCAUUUUCCUCCCAGACCCACCCCGGCUCAGUGGGUGCCCCCGGGGCGUGGAUGCACUAGGCUCUCUGGCUGAUUGGCAGCUGGAACAAGUUAGCCUGGAAGCAUUUACACUGAAUUUCUACAUCCCCUGAAGAGUUGUCACCAGCAGACAGAUCCUUGCAGCAGGCAAACAGCGAUCUUCUCAGAAGAGCUUUUGAGUAAAUGAAGUUGUUCUGGAUGGCACUGUUGCUGAAGUGACUGCUCUUGUCCAAAGACAAGAUGGUAUGUCAGAGGGCUGGGCUGGGAGAUGCGACGUCUGAGAAGCACCUGCUGCCUUGGGAGUUUCGGUGCUGCACACCUGGUUUCUGGGUCCUGUGUUUCUAAACUCUGGCUUUGUGGAAAAAAAGAAAAGGCCUUUUCUCUUGUGUAUGUUUUUGGGGGUUGUGUGUAUUUGUUUGAGUACAUAUUAUGCUUUUAUCUUGAGUGCCUGCUUCUCCCCUGUUUUUAGCUGACCCCUGGUCAUUUCAGAGGACACAGUUCAACCCAUCACACCAUGUCCCCACCAUCUCUCCCCAGUCUGGACAGAGAGUGGAGAGAGCAGUGCUGGAAUGAACUGAGAUAACGGGGCCCCAGGGUGGGUGUGGGGGAGAGGGCCCACAGGUG